GAACAGCAGAAUAAAGACACCAGUUUGUGUGUGUGUGCGAUUUCGAGUGUGAGCGAUUUAGAUUAAGUGUUAACAUCUGUAAAAAUGCGAGUGUGUGUGUUGAUGGUGAAGGCUCCUGGAGCCAUGCUGCUGCUGCUGAUGGUGCUGGUGGAGUGUGAAGGAGCAGGGAAAGAAUGUCAUCAACAGGUGAAUGCAGUCCUGAGAGCAAUGAAUGAGCAAUUGGACAGGCAGGCUGAGGAGCUGAGAGUUACCAAAGAAGAACUGGAGAAGAAGACACUGGAAACGUUACAAGCACAGGCGCGGAGCCCAGGAUAUGGACUCUUCUGCAGAUCCUUUGCUGCGACUCAAGACCAUCACAUUGGCCCCUUUGACAAAGACACCACCCUGGUCUUCAAGGAUCAUUGUCUUGGCGGUGGAGACCUGCCAUUUGUCCCAAUUGGUCCCUAUGACUACCGCACAGGCAUCUUCACCUCCCCCAGUCAUGGUGCCUACCUCUUCCAAUACCACGUGUUUGGGGGCGGUAAGCAUGGCAUUGGAGCCAAACUGGAGGUGAACGGCAACCACAUUGUGGCGGCAUACAACCACAAAGCACCGCACGACAUCAACACCUCCCAGACAGUCAUUCUGGAGCUGCAGAAGGGGGACAAGGUGCGCCUGCGUCUUGAGAAGGGCUGGUGGAUCGGCGCCUACACCAGCCACUUCACCAACUUCAGGGGACAGUACCUGUUCCGCCUGCCCCUGCGUCCACAUACACCUGACCAGGUGCAGACAACACAGUAGCUCCUCUGAGAACACGCACGUGCACACCUGGGCAUGUAGAUGGGUUUUACUUCAUUUAAGUCACUGAUGCUUCAUCAUCCCCCAAAAAAUCACAAUCACAAAUCAUGAAUAAAGUCAUCCAAAGAGUCUUCAGUGUGGUCCAUGUGU